AUGGAGAACCUGCAAAGCUAUGACGGUAGCUGCCACUGUGGCCAAGUCAAGUAUACGGUGCGGAUAUCACCACCAAUCUCGGAGCAGACUGUGAUGCAAUGCAACUGCUCGAUCUGUCACAUCAACGGCUAUUUGAUGGUUUACCCCAAGGUCGCUGAUGUCACUUUCCACCACGCCGACGAUGCCGUCAAGGAGUAUCGUUUUGCGUCCAAAAAUGUCCCGCACUACUUUUGCGCCAACUGUGGUACCAGUGUGUAUGGUAAAUCUGAAGUACCGGAGCAGCGACACAUCAUGGCUGUCAACGUCCGAACUCUGGCUGGAAUCGAUCUCAAGACGCUGAAGAUUCAUGAUCAUGACGGAAGAGGUGACAGCAAAGUCUAA